AUGGAUUCAGCUUCCGACAACCCAAACUCCAUGCCUGCAGCAACCAGUGGCUCUCGCUCCAAGCUCCUCUCAACCAAUCUCAAGAACUUCAUCAGUAAACCCGCCCUCAAGCAUCCUCAGAAAGCACUUACCGUGCAGCUUUGGAACGCAGAGCAGCAGUCCAAUCCAAGCGGUAGCAACCCACCUCCUCGACUCGCAGCAGGACAGCAAAGAGCAGAGAUGUCGACUUCAACGAGCGGACAGGCCACCGGCGAUAUCGUCAGCAGCGGAAACUCAGCCUUCCCCAAGACGAGCGAAGCGCCCGGCGAGCAGUUCGAGCCCAGACAGACGGCUACGAGUGAAGACUACGAGCCCGACCCAAGCAAGAGCAUCAAGCUCAGCCCGCAACGCCAGGCCUUAGUCGACGACAUCAUCGCCCUCUACUCCUGCCAACCCACCAUCACCCGCGUAAAACGCUACACCCCAGACUGCGUCUACGACGACCAAUUCGUCUACGCCAACGACCGCUACAAAAUGGCCGGCCAAUGGUUCGCGCUCCCCAAACUCUUCAACGCCUCCAUCAACGAAUCCUACCAAGUAAUCCGCUCAGACUCCGAAAUGAUCCAAUUCAAAAACAAGCAGUCCUGGACCUUCCGCUUGAUCCCCAAGACCGCUACUAUCACGGGCCUGGUAUCGCUGAGUCUGGAUCCGGAGACGAGGGAUACGGAGUUUAUGCAGGUCAAGUAUCAUAAGGAUCAGGCGAAUGAUAAGGAUUAUAGUCAUGAGGGGGUCGGGUUUAGCUUUAAGAAGUGGCAGGCGGAUAAUGUGGUUAAGCAUAUGAGUGCGCCUGAGUUGAAGGAGUUUGAACAGGAUAAGGGGGCGAAUAAGGAGCAUGUGAGGAAGUAUGGGAGUGGGAAGGAGGAUGGGGAGGCGCCGAAGAAGGAUUUUACGAAUUAG